AUAAAUUAAAUCUGUGGAAUUGAUAAUGUCUCUGUUAUCACAUGGCGGAGUAUGCAAGAGUAAUGUCUUCGUGUAACUAUUUUUACAGUGUAUGCUGACAUACCAUGGUUUUAGUAGUUUUGCACUCUUUUUAUUACUGGAAUCAUUUUACGAACUCUCACAGAACAAAUUUAUACGUUAUUAGAAGGUUUUAAAAAUUGCUUAUUGGGUUGAAAAACUGAAAUCUCGCCCUUGAUGGUCGGCGAAGAUUUUUAUUUUAAAACAGAAUAUAUUUUAAAAACCUGAACAUAAAUAACAAUGAAAGAAGUUGUAGAUAACAAGCUUGUUGUGGAAGAAAUGAGCGUAAAAGCACCGUUAAAAGAUAUUAACGAAGAGAAGCAGGACAUAUCGGAAAGUUCCGAAGUGGAGGGAAAGGAAAAUCUUCCUGCUGAAGGUUUAGCCAAUGAAGCAAAAAAUCCAUGGAAAAAGAUUAAUAAUAAUGAAGAAGCAUCCAAUACAGAGGAGAAAAAGGAAAAAGUGAAAAGCAUUUCUCAAGUAAAGCCACUUGUUUUGGUAGAUCAUUCUAAUUGGCCAACUUUAGAUGCAUCACAAGAUCCAAAAAGUGGAAAUGGACGUAAUGGAAGAGAAAGUGUCACCACACCCUCUCCUGGGCCAUCACCUAAAGGCACUCCAAAAAGAAAAGGCCCUAAACAGAAAUGGACUCCACUUCCAAUUGACCCUGCUACUCAAGGUUCUGAGGAAAAGUCUCCAGACUCAAUUCGUGGUGGGAGAGGAAUGUAUCGAGGUAGGGGAAGGGGUAGAGGUAGAGGUAGAGGUCGUGGACGAGGUGGAAGAGGUUCAUAUCAUGCAGGAGGAGCUUAUGAGGAGAAUAAUGGAUUCUAUGUUACUCCUGAUGGCUUAUUUGUCCCACAACAGUUUAUGUACUAUAAUGGCUCUUCUGAACAACAAUUCCCUGCCACGGCACCUGUGGUUGAUAACAGUGCUGUCAAGGAUAUGAUACGCAAACAGAUUGAAUACUACUUUUCUGAAGAAAAUCUUAUUGGAGACUUUUUCCUUCGUCAACAGAUGCGUCCUGAUGGUUCAAUACCAAUUGAAUUGCUUGCUUCAUUCAAUCGUGUUCAAAAGUUGACCAAUGACCAUAAUGUUAUUUUGGAAGCUUUGCAAGAUAGCACUGAUAUCCUUUGUGAUGGAUUCUCUGUUAAAGCAAAACAAAAUGCAGAUCAAUGGCCUAUUGUUAUCAGUAAGCCAAUCACAGUUGAAAAUUCUGCAUAUAAAGCUGCACUAUUGCAUCCUGCUGCUGAAGCCGAUGAGCCACAAACAGAUCAAAAAAAUAUACAGGAAGAAAAAGUAAGCACUCAUGAGGAGGUGGUGCCUGAAACUAAAGAGAAUUCAAAGAAAGAUGAGGAGAAAAACGAUGAAGAGGUUAUUCCUAAUUUUAUGCGUAAGAAAAAAUCUCCAAACGAUGAGUGGGUUGAAGUUAAAAGACGAAGUAGGUCCAAUUCAAUGACGAAAAAAGAAAAGAAAAAUAUUGAUGAGGAUUUUGAUGGGAGAGAGGAAUUGGAUUUUCAAUUUGAUGAAGAACUUAAUGCACCCAGCGAUAAAAAGCAGCAAUCUUACAGUGAUGAUUUGAGUGACGAUUCUGGUGAUGAAAUCGAUGAUUUAGACAUCAGCAAGAUUGUUAUUGUAACUCAAACACCUCCUCCACCAAAAAAACAUGAUCGUACAGGAAAUUUUACUAAUCGAACAAAAAUGACACAGGAACUGGCACAUAUGAUAAGUGAUGGAUUGUACUAUUACGAACAAGAUCUAUUAGAAGAGGAUGACGAUAACAGCUAUAUUAAUAGAAAGGUUGAAUUAUCAAGUUCACUGGGUAAAGUUGGUAUGAUUAGUAAGAAAGAUUUUUAUGAUCUGAAAAGAACUGUGUAUGAUUCUGAUCCAGAACAGGACGUAAGCUCCCAACUUCAACCUCCCCGUAUGACAAAAGCCAAGUCUUUAACGUUUUCAUCAUCGUUAACUGGCGGGGAUGAAGUUGCUGCUGGUGGUGACAAAAAGAAAGAAGUGUCUGCUUCUAUCUUGACAUCUACAUCUUUGCAUGUUAAUGCACCUGAAUUUAGACCAAGACCAAGGUCUUCAACGUCACCCAUGUCGUCUUCCCUACCUUCGAAUGUUCCCCAACACAUCAACCCCUACCACAAUAAAUCAUAUAGACGAGGGAGAGAUGGUCGAGGUGCUAAAUCACGAGGCUCAUCAAGACAAGUACCAAGAUUUUUCCCUGCUAUUGUCAAGGAUGACUUACAUAAUAAGCCACCUCGUCCUCACAAGUCGAAAUAUGGUAAUAACCCCACUGUGGAACAGCAUGUUGGCUGGUUGUUUAGUCCGAAAGCGAAAAAAACAAGAAGUCGACAUAAUAGCGGUAGCAGUGAUACACAAGCACAUGUAUCUUCCAGCUAUCUUUCCAGUAGUGUUGGUAGCAACGCUAGUAGUUAUGGUUCCCAGUCUUCUUCAAUCCCACACUUUGAACAUCCUUCACACUCUCUACUCAAAGAAAACAACUUUGUGCAACACGUUUAUUAUAAAUACCACGCAAAAUGUUUAAAAGAGCGCAAAAAACUUGGUGUUGGACUAUCGCAAGAAAUGAAUACAUUGUUUCGCUUCUGGUCCUUCUUUCUUCGCUCACAUUUUAACAGGAAAAUGUAUACAGAAUUUAAAGAAUCUGCAGUGGAGGAUGCACAAGCAGGAUACAGAUACGGCGUGGAGUGUCUAUUCCGGUACUACAGCUACGGUCUGGAAGAGAGAUUUCGGCCAGAUUUAUACAAGGAUUUUCAAGAAGAAGCUAUGAGAGAUUUCAACUCAGGCAAUCUUUACGGACUUGAAAAAUUUUGGGCGUUCCUUAAAUAUUACAAAGGAAAGGCUAAAUUUGAAAUUAACCCAGAACUUAAACAAGUGCUUGGAAACUUUAAAGUCAUCGACGAUUUUAGACGGGAGGCUUCUCGGCUGGUAGAAGCCAAAAAGCAGACGGAUGGAAACAAAUCAAAAGCGGAAAGUAAAGGAGGAGAAAGGUCUACAGGGGAAACUUCAGCAUCAGAAAAAACACAUGCCACUAGAAAAGGUAAAGACAACAAGAGACAGCAUGAAGCGAAAGACAGUUCUGCGAAAAGACAUAGUUACGAAGGAAAACAUGGCGAAGAAAAAAAGCAGGACAAAAGCAAGGCCGAACGGAAACCUAAGGAUGAGAAAUCCUCGAAAACAGUGAAAGAUGAAAAGCAUGCUAGACAGCAGGAGAAAAAAGAGGACAAAAUGAAACAGGAUGCGAAACAUGUUAAGCAAGACAAAAAAGAUGAAAAAUCGAUCAAGCAAGGCAAGCGGGAGGAAAAACCUGCUAAACAAGAAAAAAAAGAUGAAAAACAGGCUAGCCACGAUAAAAAAGAUGAAAAACCGGCUAAACAAGACAAGAAAGAUCAUAAGUCACCUAAGCAAGACAAGAAUGAGAAAUUCUUAAAACAAGAAAAACUUGAUACAGCAACAAAAGAAAAGAGUGACUCUAGAACUAUAAAGAAUACAACUGAGCAGGCAACUAAACAACCAACAGGCGAGAAAUAGGAUGCAGCCUGUCGUUUUGGGCUGAUUAGGGCAUGUUAUAAAUGAAUAUUGUCGAAGUAACACGUCGAACAAAAAAGAAACUAUGUUCUGAAUGAAUAAGUUGAUGAUUAUUGUAGUUGGAUUUUGUAGUUGUUGACAUUUCGAACGUGGAAUUAAGACUUUUUUUUUAAUAUUUCCAAAUUUGAAUGAUUUGUUAUUUUUAAAUGCAUGUGUUGAAUACAAAGGAGACAGCAGGAAUAUUUUAUCAGUUAUUUUAGAACUCGUCCUGUAGUUUAUAUUUUUGACUUUGUGUGUAUGAGAUACAAAUUGGCGUCCCGUUACGGUUUUAUUGUGUACUAUAUAUAUUUCAUGUGUAAAAGACGAUAAAAACAGGACUCUUGUUAUUUUAUUUUUAAAAAAAGUAGACUGUAUUUAGAAAUAAAAUUUUAGGUUGGUUUUUUAUCUGAUAGGGUCUAAUGAUCAUGGUUGCAUUCACUACUAACUUCCAUCUUCAGUUUUUUUCAUCGAUGAAUAAAAGAAAGUAUUUGAUCCGUGCAUAUCCCCGUACCUCCGAAAAUUCUUCAUUUCUAUUUUGGUUCGAUGCAACAGAAUAACCUACAAAUUUUGAGUUGAAUACUUUCAAGAACUUCUCAACCCUUUAGUAGUGACUGUGCGCAAUAAUGUUUUAGGAAUGUUUAUGCUUGAUGCAAGUUCUACACCAACUCCCUUCCCUUGUUGCUGUAACAAAGUAAAGACCUGGGCUCGGGGUUGGUGUUAUUUAUAAUCGUAUAUAUUUAGGUUGUGAUUUCUGAAUUUUGUCUUUAAAAAAUUGAAUUUGUUUUACUCAGUAAGAAUUAAAUGUUUGCAAGAAAGUUUUACGCAAUAAAAAUUGUGUUUCAGAAGACUCGAAAUUACUACCGAAGCAGUUCUUAUGUAAUUAUCUUUAUAAUACACGGUGCAUGUUUUUAUACAGAAAACGACCAAAAAAAGAAACAUAAUUAUAUAAAAACCUCGAA